AAGCUAUCCCAGUAAUAAAAAAAUGAAUUUUUUCAUUUCAAAAGAAGCCAAACAAAAAAGGAGAUCAUUGACUGUUCUGGAUACGGAAAUGGAUCUUGCCUGGAAACGGACAGGUCACUGGGCGUUCGCGCUGCCAUGUACUCCUUCAUGGCCGCGGCCAUAUUCCUCACCGUCUUUGGCAAUCUGGCCAUGAUCAUUUCCAUUUCCUACUUCAGGCAGCUCCACACACCAACCAACUUCCUCAUCCUCUCCAUGGCAGUCACAGAUUUCCUCCUAGGACUCAUCAUCAUGCCGUACAGCAUGAUCAGAUCCGUGGAGAACUGCUGGUACUUUGGACUCACGUUUUGCAAGAUCCACUAUAGUUUCGACCUGAUGCUUAGCAUAACGUCCAUCUUCCACCUUUGCUCAGUGGCCAUUGAUAGAUUUUACGCUAUCUGUUACCCUUUACAUUAUGCCACCACCAUGACGGUUCCAGUUAUUAAACGGUUGCUGCUGGUCUGCUGGUCAGUCCCUGGAGCGUUUGCCUUUGGGGUGGUUUUUUCUGAGGCUUAUGCUGAUGGAAUUGAAGGCUAUGACAUCUUAGUUGCAUGUUCCAGUUCCUGUCCGGUCAUGUUCAACAAACUGUGGGGAACCACUUUGUUUAUGGCAGGUUUCUUUACCCCUAGCUCUAUGAUGGUGGGGAUUUAUGGAAAAAUUUUUGCAGUGUCCAGAAAACAUGCUCAUACAAUCAAUAACUUGCCAGAAAAUCAAAACAGUCAAAUGAGAAAAGACAAAAAAGCAGCCAAAACAUUAGGCAUAGUGAUGGGUGUUUUCUUGGUAUGCUGGUUUCCCUGUUUCUUCACAAUUCUAUUAGAUCCCUUUAUGAACUUCUCCACACCUGUAAUUCUGUUUGAUGCCUUAACGUGGUUUGGCUAUUUUAAUUCUACAUGUAAUCCCUGGAUUUAUGGUUUCUUCUAUCCCUGGUUUCGUAGAGCACUUAAGUACAUUUUGGCAGGAAAAAUUUUCAGCUCACAUUUCUAUAAUACUAAUUUGUUUACUCAAAAAGAAACCGAAUAG